GCUGGCCUAGCAGCCCGGGGUGCCGCGGGCAGGGGGCUGGGGAGGGUUCGGCGGUGGGACAGGAGCGGGGAUUUAGAGCAAAGCACCAAUAUAGAUGUAGUUCGUUUUCCAUGCGUGGUGUACAUAAAUGAAGUACGUGUUAUUCCUCCAGGAGUGAGAGCUCACACAAGUUUGCCUGACAACAGGGCUUAUGGAGAGACAUCUCCACAUACAUUUCAACUGGACUUGUUUUUCAACAAUGUCAGCAAGCCAAGUGCCCCUGUUUUUGAUAGGCUGGGGAGCCUGGAAUAUGAUGAAAACACGUCAAUUAUUUUCAGACCCAAUGCAAAGGUCAACACAGAUGGAUUGGUCCUAAGAGGGUGGUACAACUGUCUGACUUUGGCAAUAUAUGGCUCAGUUGACAGGGUAAUAAGUCAUGAGAGAGAGUCACCUCCUCCACCCCCACCUCCACCACCACCUCCCCAGCAACAGCCUGGUUUGAAAAGAAACCCAAAACAUGUUGAUGGAGAGAAAGAAGACCAGUUCAAUGGCAGCCCUCCAAGACCUCAACCUAGGGGACCAAGGACACCUCCAGGCCCUCCUCCUCCUGAUGAUGAUGAGGAUGAACCUAUGCCAGUGUCAGUGGUUGGGGAGAAAGAAGAUGAUGUGGACCAUAGGGAGGACUACUUUGAGCCCAUUUCUCCUGAUCGAACAUCCAUUCAUCAAGAAAGCCAGUAUUCUGAUGAUGGAGAAGUGGAGGAAGAUCAACCAGAAGAAGGAGAAGAUGAAGAUGAUGUGGAUGUUGAGGAGGAUGAUGAUGAUGAUGAUGACGAUGGACAUACAGUAGAGAGUAUUGCUGAUGAGGAAGAGGAAGAGGAGGAGGAAGAUGAAGAUGAAGAAGAGGGUGAAGAGGAGGAAGAAGGUGAAGGAGAUGAUGGAUAUGAGCAGAUUUCAAGUGAUGAAGAUGGAAUUGCUGAUCUGGAACGUGAAACAUUUAAGUAUCCAAGCUUUGAUAUUGAAUAUACACCUGAGGAUCUGGCAUCUGUGCCUCCUGUGACAUACGAACCUUUUGAAAGGGAGCUUGGACCUCUUUUAUACUUCAGCUGCCCUUACAAGACUGUAUUUGAAAACGAAGUUGGUAAAAUAAAGGACCAAGACCCAGAAAAAGAAAAUUCAGGGGCAGUGGAAGCCUCGGUUAAAUUAACUGAACUGUUGGAAUUAUAUCAAGAGGAAAGGGGUGCAAAGUGGGUCACUGCAUUAGAAGAAGUUCCGAGUUUAAUAGUAAAAGGAUUGAGCUACCUGCAGGUGAAAGACACAAAGCAGGACUAUAUUACCCAGCUAGUAGACUGGACCCUGCAAGCUUUGAACCUUCAGGUAGCUCUCAAACAGCCCAUUGCUUUGAAUGUCCGACAGCUCAAAGCUGGGACAAAAUUGGUGUCAUCGUUAGGAGAAUGUGGGACUCAAGGAAUAACGGCACUCUUGCAGGCAGGAGUUAUUAAUGUGUUAUUUGAACUGUUGUUUGCAGAUCAUGUGUCAUCCUCCCUGAAACUCAAUGCUUUUAAAGCUUUGGAUAGCGUUAUUAGUAUGACUGAGGGAAUGGAAAUGUUUCUAAGGGGUGGCGUAGAUGUACAUGAAAAAAGUGGUUAUCAGAAACUCCUGGAACUCAUACUGUUAGAUCAGACUGUGAGAGUAGUUACUGCUGGUUCUGCAAUUCUCCAGAAAUGUCACUUCUAUGAGAUCCUGUCUGAUAUUAAAAAGGUGGUUGAUCAGUUAGCAGAGAACACUCCUUCUCUUUCUAAUCACACGGAGCCAGAACAGGACCAGGACUUGGCAGGACUUGAAAGAACCAAUCAAGAAUAUGAGAAUGAUGUGGAGGCUCCUAUGGACAUGGAUCAUCUUUUGGAAUCUUCUAAUAUAAGCGAAGGAGAGAUGGAAAAACUUGUUAGUCUUCUUGAAGAAAUCUUCCAUUUGAUGGAAACGGCUCCUCAUACAAUGAUUCAGCCACCUGUGAAAUCUUUCCCAACCAUGGCACGCAUUACAGGCCCUCCAGAAAGGGAUGAUCCUUUCCCUGUCCUGUUUAGAUAUCUUCAUAGUCACCAUUUCUUGGAAUGCAUAACUUUGCUACUGUCUAUUCCAGUGACAGGCGCACAUCCAGGUGUGCUUCAAGCUAUACGAGAUAUAUUGCGUUUCCUGGCACAGUCACAGAAGGGUCUCCUUUUCUUUAUUUCUGAGUACGAAGCAACAAACUUGUUGAUUAGAGCACUUUGCCAGUUUUCUGAUCCAGACCAAGAGGAAGGUCUCCAAUCAGAGGGUGCCAACGAGGAUACUUUUGCCCUGUGGCUCCUGCAUUCAACACAGACGUUACAGUGCAUUUCAGAAUUAUUCUGCCACUUUCAGCGGUGCACAGCCAGUGAGGAGACUGACCAUUCAGAUCUGCUGGGAACACUUCACAACCUUUACUUGAUUACUUUUAACCCUGUGGGAAGAUCUGCUGUGGCUCAUGUAUUCAGUCUGGAGAAAAAUCUCCAAAGUCUUAUUACUUUAAUGGAAUACUAUUCCAAAGAAGCUUUAGGAGACUCAAAGUCUAAGAAGUCAGUUGCUUAUAAUUAUGCCUGCAUCCUUGUUUUGCUGGUGGUUCAAUCUUCCAGUGAUGUCCAAAUGCUGGAACAGCACUCGGCGCCUUUGCUGAAGCUUUGUAAGGCAGACGAAAAUAACACCAAAUUGCAAGAGCUCAGCAAGUGGCUUGAACCUUUGAAAAAUCUUAGAUUUGAAAUAAAUUGUAUUCCAAAUCUCAUUGAAUAUAUCAAACAGAACAUUGACAGCUUGAUGACCCCAGAUGGAGUUGGUCUUCCUACUGCACUUCGUGUUCUUUGUCACGUUGCGUGUCCACCACCUCUGGUAGAAGGUCAACAGAAAGACCUUAAAUGGAAUCUUGCAGUUAUUCAGCUCUUUUCUUCUGAGGGAAUGGACACCUUCAUUCGAGUAUUACAGAAGUUGAACAGCAUACUUAUUCAGCCUUGGCGACUCCACGUCAACAUGGGCACCACGCUUCACAGAGUUACUACUAUUUCUAUGGCCCGCUGUACACUUACUCUACUUAAAACAAUGCUAACAGAACUGCUGAGGGGUGGAUCUUUUGAAUUCAAAGACAUGCGUGUUCCAUCAGCGCUUGUUUCUUUACACAUGCUCCUGUGUUCUAUUCCUCUCUCAGGUCGCUUAGAUAGCGAUGAACAAAAAAUUCAGAAUGACAUUGUUGAUAUCUUACUGACUUUUACACAAGGUGUUAAUGAAAAACUUACCAUUUCGGAAGAAACUUUGGCAAACAAUACUUGGUCUUUAAUGCUGAAGGAAGUUCUCUCUUCAAUUUUGAGAAUUCCUGAAGGCUUUUUCUCUGGACUUAUACUGCUUUCAGAAUUGUUGCCUCUUCCACUGCCCAUGCAGACGACUCAGGUAAUCGAACCACAUGAUAUUUCAGUGGCACUCAACACCAGGAAGCUCUGGAGUAUGCAUCUUCACGUUCAAGCCAAACUGAUACAAGAGAUAGUUCGAUCUUUCUCUGGUUCGUCUUGCCAGCCUAUUCAGCAUAUGUUGAGACGUAUUUGUGUUCAGUUGUGUGACUUGGCUUCGCCUACUGCUCUUCUUAUCAUGAGGACUGUAUUGGAUCUGAUUAUAGAAGACCUACAAAGCAACACAGAAGAUAAAGAGAAACAGUACACUGGACAGACCACUCGAUUGCUUGCUUUAUUGGAUGCCCUGGCUUCACACAAAGCUUGUAAAUUGGCUAUUUUGCAUCUUAUCAAUGGAACUACUAAAGGUGAUGAAAAGUAUGCAGAGGUUUUCCAGGAGCUCUUGGCUUUAAUGCGAUCAGCUGGGGACAAUGUCACUCAUCAACAGAGCGCUGAAUAUGUAACUUCCCUUUUGCAGUCCCUCUGUGAUCAGGAUAUUGCACUAAUUUUGCCAAGUUCAUCAGAAGGCUCCGUGUCUGAAUCAGAGCAGCUUUCCAACUCCUUACCAAGCAAAGAGCUGAUGCCCUUAAUUUGUGACUGUCUGAUGGAAACAUUAACUAAUUCUGAGAGCAGUUACAAUUGUUUGCUGACAUGUAUCCGAACAAUGAUGUUCCUUACAGAGCACGACUAUGGCUUCUACCACUUAAAGAGCUCUCUAAGAAAACACAGCAGUGCUCUGUACACUGUUUUAAAACGAGUAAUAACUAGUUUUAGCAAAGACACAGGGGAACUGGCCUCUUCUUUUUUGGAUUUUAUGCGACAGAUUCUAAACUCUGAUACACUGGGAUGUUGUGGAGAUGACGGAAGCCUUAUGGAAGCAGAUGGAUCUCAUCCAGGCAGGACACUGGGUCUAACUACUGCAGAGUUAAAACAUCUACUGCAGAACAAAGAAGAAACCCCAGAAAACUUGCUGCUUGAUCUCGAGAAACAUAUUAUGGAUCGUUCUAAGGAAGAUGAUGGCCUUGAAUCCUUACUGGACAACAUCAUUGGAGUGAGGCAGAUGUUGGAAUCAGCGGGUGAUUCUUGUCCGCUGAGUGAUCAAGAUGUAGAGCCUAUUCUUUCUGCACCAGACUCUCUUCAGAAUUUGUUUAACAACAGGACUACGUACGUGUUGGCAGACAUGAUGGAUGACCAGCUGAAGUCCAUGUGGUUCUCACCCUUCCAAGCUGAAGAAAUAGACACUGAUCUGGAUAUGGUAAAAGUUGACUUAAUUGAACUGUCAGAGAAGGGCUGCAGCGACUUUGACUUGCAAGCUGAAUUGGAGAGGUCAUUUUUGUCAGAACCAUCAUCUCCUGGCCGCACAAAAACCACAAAAGGGUUCAAACUCGGCAAGCACAAGCAUGAGACCUUCAUAACUUCAAGUGGAAAAUCUGAGUACAUAGAGCCUGCAAAGAGAGCUCAUGUUGUGCCACCACCAAGAGGAAGAGGCAGGGGAGGAUUUGGACAAGGAAUUCGACCACAUGAUAUCUUCCGUCAGAGGAAACAGAACACCAGCAGGCCACCCUCCAUGCAUGUGGAUGACUUUGUUGCUGCAGAGAGCAAAGAAGUGGUUGCUCCAGAUGGGAUACCACCAGCCAAAAGGCCACCAAAAGUGUCACAGAAGAUUUCUUCACGUGGUGGAUUCUCAGGGAAUCGUGGAGGACGAGGAGCUUUUCACAGUCAGAACAGGUUCUUUACACCACCUGCUUCAAAAGGCAAUUACAGUCGUCGUGAAGGCGCUCGAGGCUCAAGUUGGAGUGCACAGAGUACGCCCAGGGGAACCUACAAUGACAGUAGAGGUGGUCAAAGCAAUUUUAACAGGGGUCCCCUGCCACCACUGAGACCAUUAUUUUUUUUUUACAUGGUAUUCAUAUGGGCAUCGAACUAUAGAAAAUUCCUUGAAUUUCAUUUUCGCUUUACAAAUGAAACCAUGCAAGGAUGCUGCAGACACCUUGAAAUUCAGCAAAUGUUUUAAGCAUAUAUGAACAGUUGUCACUGAGACUGUGUCAAAUACGUGCUUUCACGCGAACUGCCCUGUAAUCCAUAAAAGUUGCUGAAUUGAACGCUUGAUCGCAGAAUCUUAAUUUCGCAUUCAGACUUUUGCCAUUCAGUUCUCUUCGUACCUACAUGGUAAUUAUAGAGCCAGUCAAAGCAAAAAAUGCUUGCCUAAAAGAAAAGUGAAAAUUAAAAGGAGAAAACAGACCCCGUCUGUGUCUCAUCUUGUUUUUGUUUCUUAUGCUUUCACAGCAGCUACUACGCCUAGGGCUUGGGUUUUUUUUUUUUUUUUUUUUUUUUCCAACUGAGUAUACUUUUCUUUGCUUUAAGGCUACCGACCGAGUCCUCGCGAUCGUGCUUCCAGAGGCCGGGGAGGAAUUGGACCGUCUUGGACAAGUGCUAAUAGUAGUAGCAGUGGUGGCUCGAGAGGAAAGUUUGUUAGUGGAGGCAGUGGAAGAGGUCGUCAUGUACGUUCCUUCACACGAUAAAAUGAGACCUAAUGGAACAGCCCAACCAUGUGGACUUCUGUGAAGAUGACAAAGCAAGCGGCGGCACUAAAGGACCAAUUCAGAGUUACUGGUAUCUGGAGGACACCAAGAGAAUAUUUUUGUCUGAAGAAAAGUUUUUUUGUUUGAUACAAGACUUGAAAUUUCAAUAAAAUUCAAGACUUUUUGUGUACAACUGUAAAUUUUUUGUUCCUUUUGAACGAAUGUUUUAAUUUUUUUGUGGACUUCAGUAGACAAUACUCAGUAAAGAACCUCUUUGAGUUAAGACUUGAAGGACUUCUAAAAUAUUCGUUGUGCCAAAAGAAAGGUACAGGUGUUUUGUGUGUGACUUAUUACUGCAAGAAAAUUUAAAAACUAUAUAUAUGUAAGGCAAUUUUAGUUUUUUCUCUCAGGUUUAGAGCCGUUAGCCCUUUUUUUUUUUAUAGCAGUCUGAGUUAUUAAUGAAUGACGUCCAUCUGACAGCAGUUGAAGUAGCAGGUGAUAGAAGAUUGAAGAAUUGAAAUUAAUCUGUGAAAAGACUACAAAUGUAAACGUAAUUUAUGUAAGUGUUUGUUGUACAUCUUUGGCAAUGUGAUUAGACACUUAAGUAAGAUCCCACACCUGUUAAAAUGAGUAGAAAAUCUGUGACUGGCUUAAGGGAGAAUAACAUCGCGUGCUAGCAUGUACUUUGUAACUCCAGCUCGUGUGUUAGGAGCCACGGGAGUUAUUUCAUUGGGAAACACGAGUAUGCUUUGAAGUUAAAAGGCAAGAUGCCCGUACCCUGAGAGAGCCUGGAGUUCAUUAGUUGCCCGCCUCUCUGCUGACGUACGUGGCUGAGGAGAGGGCACCUGAACAACUGAAGCAGUAAUACUAAACCUUCCCUUUGAAUAGAUGGUUUGGGGGUUUGUUUCUGUAAUUAGACUGAGAUAAUAGUGCAAAAAAAAGGAAAACUUUGACAAGUAGGAAUUCAUAAAGAAAUGUUACCACUAGAUUCAGCUCCAAAUUUAUUUUCAUAACUAAAUUCAGUGACUGAAGGAAGCUUUUUACACGUUUGCAUUCCUUUGAUCCAUGGGAUUUCAUAGAAUUAACCUGUUCUCAAUAGCCUAUUAUUGCAUUUUUGGAUGGGGUGAGCAGUGGUAGCUUUUUCUAAAGGCCACCUACAAUAUUUACAAAUGGGCUCCCCUGUCAGACUCAGCUGAGCUCAAUUUUCACUUAUGCUUUGGUCUUAUGACAUUACAAAAGUGCUAUAAAGGGGUCUUUGUCUACUUAAAUAAGGCCCAGUUGUAAUGUUCUUGUUUUACAUAAUCUUAACUUACUUCAGACAGCUCGUCUGCCUAGAAUCAUAAACUUUAACACCCUAUUUUAAGUGUUUCUGAAGUAUGAUAAUACUUUAAAAUGAAUUUUUUCUUUAGCUUUAUACUGUCUGGCUAAAUUAAGUAGGUUUUUAUUUGAACCGCAGGCGGCCCCUGUUAGGUGUCCUGUCUCUGUGUGGAGACUGGGACAGCGUCCCAUGCUUCAGAGGUGAUGAGAUUGCACAAAGUCAGUCGACAUAACCCACAGAAGUGGUAAACCUGGAAGACGUUUAGUUGACGGGUAAACCUGGAAGAAGUUUAACUGACUGGGUGCGGUUAAAGGGAAUAGUAUCGGUUCCCAAAGGUGUGUGUUUUGGCAUGGUUUAAAAUAACACGAACAAAAAUUGGGAUUGGGAGCCCCAAAACUUUCUGAAUGGUUACCUAACAGGAAGAUGUAAUUUUACUAAUAAUGCAAUUGUCGUGACUAAGAUGGGUGGAGCUCCCACAGGCAUUACAGGUAUUAACGCUAUUUUUUUAAGGAGCACUGCAUAAGUAUUUUUAAAUCUGACUAGCUCCUU